UGUGGGCAGCCAGUUAGAAAUUUGACUAACAACCCAACAGCCUAAGCAUCCCAGCUGAGUCCCCCACACAGAUAGCAAAUGUCCGCCCUGAGCCAUGAUCAACGUUUCGUGCUGGUGCUGCUGAUUGCCACGGCCAGCGGUGCUUGGCUCAUCGCUGGCACCACGGCGCAGACCUUCACCGCAGAGGAUCGCAAUGCCAUACAGAAGUUUAUGGAUGUCUUGUUGAAUUUCCUCGACGCCGAGGCGGAACCAUCGAAUGCCACCACCACCGAGAGCCCAAAUAAUGCCACCACCACGGAUCCGCUGGAGAGCACCACCUUGGCUAGCAAUUCGACAAGCCCCGACGACGAGUCCACAACAGCGAGUAAUUCGACGAGUACGGACAGUGAGCCGACGAGUGAGAGCACAACUCCAGCGACGAACGCCACGAGCGAAUCAACCACCGCCAUCAGCAGCACCACCCAAGUCAGUGCGGCGCCCAGGCGUAUGUGCUUCAAGCGGGUCUGCUACAAGUUCGUGGGCGACAGAGGAUAUAUUUUUUAGCUAAGCCUAUCGAAUGCGACGAAUAAACUCGUUACUCGUUA